AUGUCGUCAUGACCGUCUACUUCGACUUAAGCAGGAGAAUGGGCUACUUCACGAUUCAGACCUACAUACCGUGUAUAUUGACAGUCGUCCUUUCCUGGGUCUCAUUCUGGAUCAAAAAAGAUGCCACACCAGCCAGAACAGCACUGGGUAUCACAACGGUGCUAACCAUGACCACACUAAGCAGCAUAGCAAGGAAAUCACUGCCAAAGGUCUCCUACGUCACCGCCAUGGACCUGUUCGUCACCGUCUGCUUUUUAUUUGUAUUUGCGGCGUUGAUGGAGUACGCAGCCCUCAAUUACUACACCUGUUGCAGGAAACCAACGUACACAAGAAAGAAAAGAAAAGUAAGUUCACCUUGAGCCAAUGAAUACAUGCAUCAUUCAUGCUUUUGUGCAUUGUCAUAAGUGAUAGGGAUAGGAUUAGGCCAUUCGGCCCAUCGAGUCCAUUCAGCCAUUCAAUCGUGGCUGAUCUAUCUCUCCCUCCCCAAUCCCGUUCUCCUGCCUUCUCCCCAUAACCUCUGACACCCGUACUAAUCAAGAACCUAUCCUUAAAAUUUUCCACUGACUUGACCUCCACAGUCUUCU